ACUAACAGUUAGGGCUGGAUGAAACACUAGACCCAUGCACCAAGGCAUGUCAGCAAGCUUGCUGCCAAAAUGUGGGCAGCUAUAGAACACCUGAAAUCAGAAUCAAAUGCCAAAAGUUGAAAGGUGUCAAAACAAUAGCGCAAGAAGAAUGGGGAAGGAGGGAGUGCAAAGAAAUGGAAGUAGCAAAUAUCUAAUUAUGAAGCAACAUACAACUCCAAUGCUAUUGUUCACAAAGUCAUCAAUAUUUUCUGCCUUUGCUUUACACAGCAUCUGCUUGAUAAACAGGCCUCCCAUGCUGCAAACAGCAGUGACUCAUAUGUAAUUAAAUGGGGAAAUGAUGUUAAAAGAAAUAAUACCAACUUGCAUAGGCACAUAAUCUGAAUCAACAGAAAUUAACUCAAAACCAGACUUCCUAAGAAAUCCAUCUCAAGAGUAACAAAAGUUCAAUUAGCAAUGUGAAAAGAAACCACUGUAUUAGCUUUCACUGGGACUUGGAUGCUGAUUGGAUCAUUUGUACUUGAAGCAGAUGAUUCACCAGCAUUAUGUGAAAACCUCACCUGUGCUUCUCAUGCUAUAGACGCAUCAUAAGCCUCUAUUGCAGCUAGUUUCUCAUAAGCAUCGCAUAACAAACAAUGUUGUAGCAAACACAAGAUCCCAAAAUCAACAAUUUUAUUCUGACAGAAAGAAUAUUCAGAACAAAUUUCAGCAACCACCUUGAUCCCUUUAAGGGUUGCCAAUGCAGAACCUGUGGCGUCAAAUUUAGGUGGACUAUCUUUCUUUAGAUUUUUAAAUGCUCCAGCAAAAGGUUCAAGAGAAAGAAGAUCUGACAACGGGAAUGUAUCAAUGGAAUCAAUGGUUGUUUGCAAUUGGUUUCCAGCUAGAUUAACAACAGCAUUCGCCAAUUGCUUAGCAGUCUGUGUAGCUGAAAGAAUGUUAAACUGGUCGAUUUGAGUCUGAAAAACAAUUAGAUUGUAAAAACCAAUUGAAAAUUUAAGCAGAAACUUAUAAUUCUUCUCAAGUUAAAGGAAGGAGUGCAAACCAGAUUAAAGCUUCAACAUGUUAUUAGAAGUGAGUAAAAAGGAUCUCUGGACCUUAAUUUUGUCACUCUUAGGCUGAGUGCCGCCUUUAACAGAUGUCUUCUUGCUGAAAUUCAAGACAUCACUAAGUAUCAUAGCUAAUCUCCUUGAGAAAUAGGUACAGAUGCUGGCCAUAGUC